CUCAUUGGCAGUUCAUGCAUCUCGGUGCUGACCCUCUCAGGUCUUUCCACCUUUUCCUACCUUUCGCGUAUCAUUCUCCGUGAAUCGAGGGAGAGAAAAAGACUGGUGAAACUGACGUUCGGUCCACAGUCAUAGGCGCUGAAGCUCCUUCGAUGAUAUCUGAACGUUAUUAGUAUUCGAAUAGAUCUCGCUGAGAUUUUAGUGAUGAGAAGUAGACAGUUUCUGUGACAAGUGACAUUAUUUAGAGAACAAAUUUCAAAGGCGUGUGUACUGAAAAUUGAUGCAUAAUCAAAUCUUCAAUCUUCGAGAUUUGUGUAAGAUUGCUAAGAUAUCUAUUGUUCAGCUGAAUGGCGGCUUCCAUGAUGGAGGAGACCGUCAAAUCGCCGAUGCUCGCGGCUAAGGAAAAAAUGUUUCAACACUGGCAGAUAAACGCUCCGAAGAUCAAGUUUGGAGAACAUCAACUUUCCAUUGAAAUAACCGAUCUCGAUGAUUUCUUUAUUGAAAAAGCCAAGAAAGAACUGCGAGAGACGCCGGAAAUCGUUGCUCAGAGUUUCAAGCAAUUGAGGGAAUAUAUUGCAGGGGAGCCUGACCUGCAUAUUCCGGAUGAUGUUGACUUUUAUGUAAUAUUCCUAAGACCAUGCAAAUGGUAUGCGAAAAAGUGCUUUCUCUUAAAACGAUACUAUCGAUUUCGUCAGCAUUAUCCACACAUAUUUGACAAUUUAUUGAUUACCAAAGAGAGGACUGCACUUUGCGCUGGUUUGAUAUAUCCCUUGCCUCUUCGAACUAAAGAAGGAUGCAGAUUGAUGAUUAUAGAAGUCGGAAAACGAUGGAAACCAAAGGAAGUAUCAAUAGACGAUUUUUUUAAAGGCCUAAUGAUCAUUUUGUAUCUGGCAAUGACGGAAUACAGAACUCAGAUUGCGGGUACACACAUUAUCAUGGACGCUGAUGGUUUAUCUUUAAGUCAUUUGACGUAUAUUACACCUAGUUUCGCAAAAAUGGUUGUGGAUUUUGUACAAAAGUGUUUGCCGACUCGACUCAAAGGUAUUCACAUUGUUAACCAGUCGUUUAUCUUCAACAUGGCAUUUGCAAUAUUUAAACCAUUUCUGGAGGAGAAAAUUCGCAAACGAAUUCAUUUCCAUGGAACGAAUUGGGAUUCUUUAACGACUUUCGCAGAAAAGAGAGUAUUGCUUAAAAAGCACGGAGGCGAACUAGAUAUGCCCGAAGAACCAUUUGGGAUGCACUUCUGGGAGAAUAUGCUUUCGUGUGAACCUGCUUUCGUCGAAAUGAUAAAUUAUGGAUAUAAAACUGAUAAAGGUAAAAUAUGACCGCAGCAGAAAUUGCCCGGUCAAUAUAUUAUCGUUGAUUAUUAUAAUUAUCAAUGGGCAACCAUAUCCAUGAAGUUGUAGUAAAAUAUUGUCGAAAUUCUUAGCGUCCGAUAUCUAAAAAACGUGGAUGCGAUUUGAUUUAAAUGUUGAUUUAAAUUAUAUGCGAAAGGGUGCUUAUCAAAUUGUAUUAAUUGUAAUGUAUAUAAUUAAUGUAAUUUGUCAAGAGAAAAACUGCGUCUAUGUAUAAUCUAUGUAUAUAGAAACUUUAUGAAUUUAAGAAUGCGAGUAUAUAUAUCGACUGCACCGAUAAAAAAUAUUGCAAAACU